AUGGCGGAAGAAGAGUUCAAUGUUACGUCGUACCUGAAAUUCGUUAAGGCUGGUAUCGAUGAGGUCAGACUAAUAGUUGAGAGUUCUGUGCUGUGGGACACUCAGUUUGAGGAGCUGAAGCGUCAAAAGCUCAAGGAUGUGAAUAUCUUUGUCUCAAAAACAAGGCUGUGUGUACACAACAUUCCAAAGUCGUUGACUGACCAACAGCUCCGAAAGCUCUGUUUAGAGGCUGCAGGCACAAAGGACGCACGGGUAAAGGAGUGUCGGAUCAUGCGGGACUUGCAGAUGGCAAAGACGAAAGGAAGCGGGCGCUCUCUGGGCUAUGGCUUUGUAGAGUUCACAGAGCACAGCCACUCCUUGACAGCCCUGCGCUCUCUGAACAAUAACCCAGACAUUUUUGGGCCAGAGAAGAGGCCGAUUGUGGAAUUCUCAUUGGAAGAUCGGCGGAAGCUGAAAAUCAAAGAGAUGCGCAUGCAGCGCAAUCUGCAGUUGCAGCAGCUUAAAGUGGGAGCAAGCAAACCGGUGCAGACUGAGAAAUGCAGCACAUAUUCAAGUGUCCAACAGCAGACCACCCCGCAAACUGUUCCAAAGGGUCACAAAUCAUGGUCUGGAUUUUGUACCACACCUGAGGUUGAGGAGGUGGAGCUGGCCAAUGGCAAGAAACGGAAGAAGGUGCUACCUCUGCCAUCUCACCGAGGCCCCAAAAUUCGAAAGCGGGAUAAAGGGAAACAGCAGCAACCACAGACCAAGAAAGUGAAAAUGCAACCAGGCCGGGCAAAGAGAGUGAAGAAUUCAGUUGUGGUGAAGCAGGCAGUUUCCAAAAAGCAGGUGGCAAAGACUAACAAACGGAACAAGGAAGAGAAGAGAUUUAAUUCUCUGGUUGAGCAGUACAAGAAGAAGCUCCUGGGGACAGUCCCUGCCUCCUACCCCAUGAAGAAAAGCAAAUGGUUUCAGGAUUAGGGUGGGGUCGAGGGUCCUGCACCCCACCUCAGGCUGACCGCAGGACCGGCCUGGACCCCAUCUCAGACUGACCACAGGACCUGCCUGGAUCCCACCUGAGACUGACCACAGGACCUGCCUGGAUCCCACCUGAGACUGACCACAGGACUGGCCUGGGCCCCAUCUCAGACUGACCACAGGACUGGCCUGGGCACCACCUAUGAUGCAGGACCAGUCUGGGCCCCACAUCCGACUGCAGGAUCAGUCUAGACUGUUGUGAGACUAGUCUGGGCCAAGGCAUGAAUUGUAGGCCUUGCACAUCUUAUGUUGCCCACUGUGGUAUUCUGUGGAGGUCAUGAUGUGACCUGCACUGUGAUGUUUGACAUCUUAUUGUUUGCAGGGAGAAUACUGUUCAAUGUGAGGAAGGGCUGAUGCUGUUUGAGGAGGUUGACUGGACACUACAACCCAACAUGGUGGUAGUGGGAGAGUGUGGCUAGAAUGGUGAUGGUCUGUGUGUGAGAGUGGGUGCAUUUAUCAGCAGUGCAUACGUUCGCAAGAUGCAGUUGUGGGUGUGCAUGUGUUUUGUAUUGUUUUUGCUGGCAUUUCUGCUGUCAACCCUUUGAGAGGGUCAGAGAACAACCCCCCAGGCAGCUGUCAAGUUGGAAGUUCCUUGUAAUUGGAAGUUACUGUGCAACCGAUGCCAACCCUUCAAAACAGUAAAGAAAUAGUUGUCCACGUGUUUUGUUCAUUUUAAGUUUAACACAUAAAUGUGGGAAAGGAAUACUGGUAAAUAUAUAAAUGUUUUUAUCUGGCUUAAUCACAGACCCACUGCAGGAGUAAUCUGAUUUUCAGCUCUGUAGCUUUUGUUGUUGUCUCCUUGAGCUGCUCAGAUGCAGGUUAUGGAAUCCCUGAACCCGAUCUGAAAUUUAAAUCCACUUUUCUCUUUCACUCUUGUAUGUCCCUAUAUAUGAAAUCUGGUGCUCUGAUUUAAAUUUCCCUAACAGUAAGUGCUGGGGAUAGAGGAAGAGGUGCACAAGUUAACUUCACUAUGAAGGAGACCAUCAAAUUGCAGUUAACUUCAGUUCAACUGAAAGUAAAUUAUUUUGUGUCUCGUCUACAGGUGCUGUGUAUCUGUCUGUGUAUCCUCUAAAGUAUAGUCUGUCUCAUGAAUGCAUGGGUAGAUUUGUAAAUAGUGAAUGCAAUCUUCACUAAAAAAUUGUUACCAUUGUGACUACUGGGGCUGCAUUUGCACUACACUUGUAUAGUCACUGAGUGCUGGCUUAAACCUUCUCCCACUCCUGGUGUGACUUUGUCAAGUAUCAGAAUGGAAUAGGGUGAGACUCCAGAUUUAUGUUUCACCAACUCAGUUCUUUACAAAUCUCAUAUCACAUCAUGCCAGCACCAGUUUGCUGCCUAAAUGUAUAGUCUCAUUCUUUGCAAAACAUUUCUGUAUCUUGGUUAGUCAGCCUUUGUUUUAAUCCAGAGAUUGUUACUAUCAGGAAAAAAUAAGCAAAAAACAAGUUACUUUCUCCUUUCUCCUCCAUCAAGCUCAGCACACACUGCACUCACUUAUGCACCCAGUUAUUACAAUGUCUCCCUGUUCAUCUUCUGUCUUGGUUCCUGACCCUCCCAACUGACUUUGCACCUUUGCAUUUUCCCUCUUUGACAUAUCCCGCCUGGUCACUCCUAUGUGAUUUUUCUGAGAAUUGAUAUUCAAAAGCACUCACUGUAAUAGGUGAAUUCUUAAACCAUGUCCUAGUCUGUAACGUGAAAAGGUCCUUGUUAUUGUAAAGCUUGAUGCUGGCUAUGACGCUGUGGGCUAUACCAGAAAGUGCUUUUAUUUAUUUUUCCUGCUGCUUCCCUGGUGCCGAGUGGCUUAAAUUGUCACUGUGUAAUGAUGUUACUCAGAUUCUUUCCCUUUCCCUGCUAGACUUCCGUAUAAAUAAACAACUUAAAAUGGAAUAGACCUAAUCGUAAACCCUCUUAGUCACAGGCACACAUUUGAAUUGUGCUAAUGUGACUCUCAAAGUGUAAAUCUCGAGCACAUAGAACUCAUUUAUAAGAACAAAGCACAGAUGGAGAAGCAUCCUGUUUAAUUCAUUAAUUGCGUAGACUGUACAGUAAGUCCUUUUGUGUACUCCUAUUCAUUGCAUACACUGUGUACAGUGCACUCCCUUGUAUCCUAGUUUCCUGCACAUAGUACAAUCUGCUCGAAUCUGGAUUCUACCCCUAACCCAAUUCACCUUCGGGAACUUCAUGCUAGGAUUUCCCCAGCUUGAGCAAACUUCAGGCUUUACUUACACAAUCCAUGUAAUUCAUUGUUGAUCAUUUCCUUUCCUCACCAGAUAUUUCCAAUGUCCUAGUAGCUCACGAGCCAUCCUAUUGUCUAACUGACCUCACAGAUGAUCCAGUUAGAUCUAUGGAUGCUAUAAUUCAAGGGUAGAGAGUUCUCCCAGUAUCAUAACCAACAAUCCUCUGUGAAAUGCUACUACAAGAAACAAAUUGAGUGAUCAUUCACUUUGUGAUAAUUGCAAGUAAAACAGCUGCCACUUUGUCUACAUAUCAAAACCAUUCCUUUAAAAGGAGCAGUUCUUUUGGGGCACUUUGAGAUAUUUCCGAUCUAGGCUAAGGUUCGUUCCCCCUCUCUAAACUUUACUGGAUAUUUAUACAACUCCAACAAAGUACUCCUGAGCUGUUAAAGGGCACCAAGGAAUGGGUAUUGUUAAAAACUGCAUUUAAAGUGAAUUUUAAAAGUAAUGUGAGAGGAUAUGUAAUUGAGAUAGCUCAAACCAAACAAUAAUUCUUCUUGCAUAGAGGUUAAUUACCAGAGCAGAGUCCCAUCAAACAUGUUAAAAAUGUGACUUAAAAAAAGACUAAAUAUCUGCUUAUGGAACAGCAAUGAUCAUGAAUUUUCAACUGAAAAGUGGAAAAUAGUAACAUUUCCUGAUUUUAUUCCUUCUUUUUUAACCCAGUAGCACUGCCAUGUGUGAUUGGUACAGUUAAAUUUCUAAUUAAUGGCAGCCUUAGGAUAUUGAUGUUGGGAAAACAGCGUUGGUAAUGUAACUGAAUGGCAUGGGGAGGUGGUCAGACACGCUGUCUUGUUUGAGGUGUUGAUUAACUGCCAUUGUGUGGUGUAAAUAUUAGAACCAUACAAAACUUACACCACAGAAAGAGGCCAUUCACCCCAUUUUGUCUGUGCUAAUUGUAAAGGGAAAGAAAACGAGUCACCUAUUUUAAUCCCACUUUCCAGCCCCUGAUCCAUAGGCUUGCAGGUUACAGGAUUCUACCUCUAUCAAAAAACCAGACAGUAAAUUCCAGACCUCCAUCUCCCUCUAGGUGAAAACAUUUUUCCUCAUAUCCCCUUUAAGCAGUCUAACAACCUACCCUAAAACCUGCUAGUAAUCGACCUGUCCGCUAGGAGAAACAGGCCUUUCUUGUCUCAGCUCCUCAUAGUUCUGUGCACUUUAAUGAAGUCACGCCUCCCCUCCUCUUUUCUAAACAAAACAGCAACAGCCUAUCCAAAUCAUUUUCAUAGCUGUAAUUUUCAAGUCCUGACAAUCAUCUUGAAAAUCACCUCUGCACGCUAUGUACAUGGAGAGAAAGUAUAUCCUUCCUGUAAUGUGACCAGAAUUGUACAAAAAGAUCCCAGCUGUAGCCUAACUAGCAUUUUAUAUUGUUCCAGCAUCAUUAGCAUUUCAAUAAUGAAAAGUAUUCCAUGUAAAAGCAUAAGAAAUAGAAACUGUACUAGGCCGUUCGGCCCCUCAAGCCAUCUCCGCCAUUCAAUAGGAUCAUGGCUGAUGUGAUAUUCCUCACAUCCACUUUCCUGCCCUUUCCCUGUAGUUUCACUACCACUAAGCUUUCUACAAUAUUUAGUGUUUUUUGUUACUGUUAUAGGCUUUGUUUUUCUUCUUUACCAUACUAUGUAUGCUUCAGGAUAGACAGGAAACUACAGAUUUGGCAGUACCACUGUUUUUUUGUUAGAAUGUGUAAACUGCUUGUAGAAUCUCUCUUUUGCAUGACUUCCACUGAUUUGUCGCUGAUUUUCCUUCAAGUAGUUAUAUCCAAUCCACCUUCAGCUGUAUAAAAUUUGUGUUACUCUAAUCUAGAACUUUUGGUUAACAUUUAGAGUCCAGUGACUCUUCAUCAGAACUGGACUCAAAGUGUUAACUCUGCUUUCUUCCCACAGAUGCUGCCAGACUUGCUGAAUUUCUCCAGCAAUUUCUGUUUAUGUUUCAGAUUUCCAGAAGCUGCAGUUCUUUGUAUUAUUUUAGAACUUUUGGUCAUGUUCUGUCUUUGCUCUUUUCCAUAAUGAUGUGAAAUCUAAAUUUUAUAAUCACUAUCUCCAAAAUGGUCACCCACUGCUACUUCAUCAACAUGUCCAGCUUCACUUUCUAAGGCUAAAUCUAGAAUUGCAUCCCCUUACGUUGGGUUUGUUUGCGUGCUGGCUAAUAAAGUUUUAUUGCAUAUCUUUCAA